CUGUUGUUAGGUAGUUCCGGAGAGCCGGUGGGAGAGAGCAAAGUGGCAAGAUGGUGUUGGAAAGUACUAUGGUUUGUGUGGACAACAGCGAGUAUAUGCGGAAUGGGGACUUCUUACCCACCCGGCUGCAGGCCCAACAGGAUGCUGUCAACAUAGUAUGUCACUCAAAGACUCGCAGCAACCCUGAGAACAAUGUGGGUCUCAUCACACUAGCUAAUGACUGUGAAGUGCUGACCACACUCACCCCUGACACUGGCCGCAUCCUCUCCAAGCUCCACACUGUCCAACCCAAGGGCAAGAUCACCUUCUGCACUGGCAUCCGCGUGGCCCAUCUGGCUCUGAAACACCGGCAGGGCAAGAAUCACAAGAUGCGCAUCAUUGCCUUUGUGGGAAGCCCCGUGGAGGACAAUGAGAAGGAUCUGGUGAAACUAGCUAAACGCCUCAAGAAAGAGAAAGUGAAUGUUGACAUUAUCAAUUUUGGGGAAGAGGAGGUAAACACAGAGAAGUUGACAGCCUUCGUGAACACACUGAAUGGCAAAGAUGGAACUGGUUCUCAUCUGGUGACAGUGCCUCCAGGGCCCAGCUUGGCUGAUGCCCUCAUCAGUUCUCCGAUUCUGGCUGGUGAAGGUGGUGCCAUGCUGGGUCUUGGUGCCAGUGACUUUGAAUUUGGAGUGGAUCCCAGUGCUGAUCCUGAGCUGGCCCUGGCUCUUCGUGUUUCUAUGGAAGAGCAGCGACAGCGGCAGGAGGAGGAGGCACGGCGGGCCGCUGCAGCUUCUGCAGCUGAGGCUGGAAUUGCUACAACUGGGACUGAAGACUCAGAUGAUGCCCUAUUGAAGAUGACGAUCAACCAGCAGGAGUUUGGUCGCACAGCUCCCGACCUGAGCAGCAUGACUGAGGAGGAGCAGAUUGCCUAUGCCAUGCAGAUGUCCCUGCAGGAGCAGAGUUUGGCCAGGCAGAAUCAGCUGACAUUGAUGCCAGCUCAGCCAUGGAUACAUCAGAGCCAGCCAAGGAGGAAGAUGAUUAUGAUGUGAUGCAGGACCCUGAGUUCCUUCAGAGUGUCCUAGAGAACCUUCCAGGUGUGGAUCCCAACAAUGAAGCCAUUCGAAAUGCUAUGGGUUCCCUUGCCUCCCAGGCCACCAAGGAUGGCAAGAAGGACAAGAAGGAGGAAGAGAAGAAGUGAGACUGGAGGAAAGGGUAGCUGAGUCUGCCCUAGGGACUGCAUAGUAUGGGGUGGGAUAUAGGGUUAGAUAUGUUAUCUGUAAUCUUUACAACGUAAAUAAAGCUUGGCAAUUUUUUUCCUUUUUGCUUCAAAUAGUAACUUUGCGUGUGAGAAGGAAGAAUUUGUGGCCUGAAGUAGAGCCUUUCUGGCUCUCUGUGGGCCAUUAGCUCUUCUCCUCGGGUUCUAUUUUCUUUUGCCGUUAAGAGAAGCUUUACUAAGAACCUAUUUAGUGUUAGGUACCAGAGCCACAAAGGUGAGUAAGAAAUAGUACUGGCCCCUAAGGAUUCAGGCUAGGGAAGAGUCUAGAUGUCUGAUGAGUCAAAUCAGAAUGAUCAGAGCUCUGUGGGACAGUGAGGAGAAAGACACCUGAACUCUGGGCAGGCUUCUGGAUGGACAUUGGAGCCCUAUAAAAAGACAAAAAGUUCAGCCAAUAAGGAUGAGGGUUGGAGACAUGGCUCAAGCAGUAGAGCACCACUCUCACAAGCAUGAAGCCCUAAGCUCAAACCCCAGUACCCCAAAAAACUCAAAAAGUCUGAAAACUUGCUCAGAACUGGGCACUACUGGUUAAUACCUAUAAUCCUAAAAUACUUGGGAGGCUGAGAUUAGAGGAUUGCAGUUCCAGGGCAGUCCAAGCAAAAACCUUGCAAGACCCCAUCUCAACCAAUAGCUGGGUGCAGUGGUAUAUGCUUGUCAAUAGCCAAGCUACAGCAGAGGCUGAGAUUGGUGUAGAUGCUAGAUAACUUACUCUACAAUAAUGAUUGUGACAUUGUGAUUCAUGAACUCCUGAGGAUCCCCAGACCCUUUUAGGAAGUCUGAGAUCAAAACUUUUCAAGGACUGGAGGUAUGGCUCAAGUGGUUGAGUGCCUACUUAGCAAGCACAAGGCCCUGAGUUCAAAUCUCAGUACUGCCAAAAAAUAAAGAGCCUCAAACAAUGUAUUGCAACACAGUGAAUACAGAAGCAGAUAGGAGAGUUCAGCCAGAAGAAGUUUCAUUGAAACAGACAUUAAUGAGAUUUGCCAAAAUGUGGGUUGGGAAUGUAACUCAGUGUAGAGAGCACUUGCUUAACCUGUGUAAGGCCCUGGUUUAGUCCCUAGCACUGAA